AUGCGAGGUUCCCCGGCUCCUUCUCCUUUGCCGCCGCAGGAAAAUCUUGCCCGAGGACCUCAGGAGCCUGCGAAGGUCCAGCCUCUUGAGAAGCCUAUGUUCAUUGAAAUUUGCGCGGGCUCGGCCCUGCUCUCAAGUGUUGCUCGCGAAGCUGGCUUCGACAUUUUGCCUAUCGAUGCAGGUCGCAAGGUGCCCCGGGCAUAUGCGCAUGUGUUACGCCUCGACUUGAGAGAAGCGCUCACGCUUCAAUUCCUGCAUAACGUGCUUCGGAAUCGGACUGUUGCCUGGAUGCAUUUCUCCCUUCCGACUGGGACGAUUGGUCGAGUUUUUCGUAGCUCUGCUGCACCUCUGGGCCUACCAAACUUGCAGGAGCCGCUUGCCUCUCAGGUGGUUGCAGCCAAUAAGAUUCUUGACCAAGUUGCAGCUCUGCUCCAGUCAGUCGCGAUAUCAUUUCCUACAGUCGGUGUCUCCGUAGAGCACCCGUUAGGGUCCGUCGUGUGGGAGCUACCGGCCUUCGCUCGCCUGAGGGGCUCUCUGUCGCAUGUCUCCGUAACUGCCUGCUUCUUUGGUGCACCUUACAACCGCAAGACCCUUCUUGUGAGCAAUCGAAAUAUCUUUCAGUCUAUGGGCGGCGGCUGCCCUGGAUGCGCACACCACUGCAAGCCACCAGGCUCUGGGUUUCGUGUGGAUGGCAGUUACCCCAAAGCCUUCUGUGAAGCCUUUGUGGGCCAUGUUUCGGCUGACUGUCCUGGCCGAGGUCUGUUCUUGGCGCCCCAGGCAGUGUCGACAUUGCAUGCCUCGCGCGCUGCAGCUCAGGCCCAGCCCCGUGCCACUAAGUUCCCGCCUUUGAUUUCCGAAUUUGCCUACACGGUGACGGUGCGUGCAGCGCAAGCCCCGCUUCUGCGGUCCAGUGUGCCAGGGGGUGUGAAUAGCCCGCAUCAGCCUGUUCCCGGCCUUGCGGAUGCUUCGCUCGCUUCCUUUACAUUCGGAGUGUAUCGUGAGCCUAGCACUUUCUUGAGAGAAGCGAAGCUCCUCAGGCAUCCCUUUGACACAUGUCGUGGGCUCCCAGAUGGCAUGCUUAAAGUGUUGCACUUUGUCUUGGUGCAGGGCCCAGUCGGAGUCAUGAGGCACCGGCUCAACGUCUUGAAGCUUUGGCAAAAGUGGGCAACUGAGCUUGCCGGCGAGGAGGAGAAACUUCGUGCAAGCCUCCAUCCUGACGUGAGAGCUGUCCUUGGUAACAAGCGUGUCCUUUUGAUGAAGAAGAUUGCUUCGUCCCUUCAGUGGCCCGACACCACUUUGUGGGAUGAUCUUACUAGCGGUUUUAAACUCACUGGAUCCCAGCCUAGGGAUGCAACCUGGAAUCGAGUCGAUGCGGCACCGCCUCAGGAAUACUCGAAGCCCCUGUGGGACAUCACGCUUGAAGAGGUUUGCAGUGUGGCAGGGGAAGUGGCCCUUGACGAGGUAGCGUGGGUUUGCAUGUACAUCAUGAAGGCUUGCAAGUUCACUGGCUCCGUCGAUCUUGAGCUCAGUGAUGGCACCAGGUCUGCUAUGCUCGUUGAGGCACUGGGCAGCAUCAUAUCCUCAGGACAGGCAGGCUGGCUGUCGCGGAUGUUCGUAGGCUCGAACAUAGCAGGUCCCUCGCUUCCUCCCCCGGUGAACCCCCGGUCCUUGUUUUCACUGAUGGAGCGUGCGAGCCAGCUGCAAGCGGAGGCCAUCUUGCCACCGUCGGAGGUCACGGAUGAGCUUGUGUCCAAAUGGGCGUCUGAGAAGAGGGGUGCUUGGAUCGUGCAUCUCGGGAUCCGCUACCGAUCCUUACUGGCGUGA